CUGCCCAUAUAAACAGGGCAUUUUGCUGCUGGCUGAAGGCGCAGCAACAUCACCUGGCUGUGAGGCUUCAUGGAACACUCUGGAGCAGCUUUGUCCAACCCACAGGGUACCAUUUCCUCUGAGGUCAGCUGGGUCUGGAAGUGCUGUUUCUGGUCCUCCAACUCAUGCAGUCACUUGAGCUGUAAUGGGUAAGAUUGACAACACAUCUGUGGAGCUGAACUCAUCCUCCGAGGUGAAGCAAGCAGCCCUUGAGGAAUCUGAGUCACUUGCCCAAGAAGCUGGGGGUGUUCAGAAGAAGAAAGAGAUACCAGACAGAGGUUCUUGGAAGGGAAAGUUUGACUUCCUGCUGUCAUGUGUGGGCUAUGCCAUUGGACUGGGCAAUGUUUGGCGGUUCCCAUAUCUUUGUGGCAAGAAUGGAGGAGGUGCCUUCCUGAUCCCCUAUUUCCUGACGCUGGUGUUUGCUGGGAUUCCUCUGUUCCUGCUGGAGACUGCUCUCGGCCAAUAUACCUCCGUAGGUGGAUUGGGUGUCUGGAAAUUAGCACCCAUGUUUAAAGGAGUGGGUCUGGCUGCUGUGGUUCUCUCAUUCUGGUUGAAUAUCUAUUAUAUUGUCAUCAUUGCUUGGUCACUGUACUAUCUCUUCAGCUCUUUCACUGGGGACCUCCCAUGGCAAAGCUGUGGCAAUGCCUGGAACACAGAUCGGUGCUUUUCCAACUACUCACUCAACGAUACCACAAAUCUGACCAGUGCUGUGACUGAGUUCUGGGAAAGGAACAUGCACCAGAUUUCUGGAGGCUUGGGGGAGCCAGGUAGCAUUCGCUGGCCCCUUGCUGGAACUCUUGCUCUAGCAUGGGUUCUUGUCUAUUUUUCCAUCUGGAAAGGUGUAGAGUGGACGGGGAAGGUUGUAUAUUUUUCAGCCACCUAUCCUUACCUCAUGUUGUUUAUUCUUUUCUUCCGUGGCGUCACUCUGCCAGGAGCCAAGGAGGGGAUACUCUUUUACCUGACACCGGACUUCAGCAAGCUCUCUAAGUCUGAGGUCUGGAUGGAUGCAGCCACACAGAUCUUUUUCUCCUAUGGACUGGGCCUAGGGUCUCUGAUUGCCCUGGGAAGCUAUAACACCUUUCACAACAAUGUCUACAGAGACUCCAUCAUUGUCUGCUGUAUAAAUUCUACCACCAGCCUAUUUGCAGGAUUUGUUAUUUUUUCCAUUGUUGGUUUCAUGUCUCACAUCACCAAGAAGUCAAUCGCUGAGCUGGCAUCUUCAGGGUCUCCGGACUUCCAAGCUUGUUGA